GGAUCCAAAAGAUGCCAUCUGGAGCUCAGCAGUGAUCCUGUUCCUGUUGACCUUGAGGAGAGAAGACCGAGAAAUACACUCAGACUUAUUUUUUUUUUCUCAAAAAUCAAACGUGAUCGAAUGUAAAUGUGCAGCAUAUAAAUGUGUAGUUGGGGCUAAAGUGACAGCUACUUUUAAGGAUAUAAGAAUCACGUUUGAAAUGGGUUUGGUUGUUAUUCCUCCGCAUCAGCAGGUGGCAGCAAAGAGUCGAUGGAUUAACAACAACAACCAAAACAAGUGUCUCAGGCAUAGAAGUGGUGCAGAUAGAGCGGACAUGCAGGUAGACACAAGACGCGCCUCUCGCUGGUCUCUCGGCUAAAGUUAGCAUCAAUGCUAACUCCGAGAUGGACCGUCUGAGCUCCGCGGAGGCGAAAAUCUCGGAGAAAACCUCCCCGGAGACAUGCGACGGGUCCCCGGUGGACGACGGGCUGGUGGACGCCUUCGGAGACCUGGCCGCUCUCCCGGUGGAGCUCGAGGAGCGGAGGCCGACGUGUUUACGGUGCCGUCGUCCUCAGAAGGUUUGUCUCUGUCCUUUCCUUCCACCUCAACCCCUGGACGUGUCCACGUGUCUCUACGUGGUGCAGCAUCCUGCAGAGGAGAGCCGAGUACUUCGCACCGUCCCUCUACUCGCAGCCUGUCUGCCACAAGGAAAGUGCAACGUUAUAGUUGGACGGAGGUUUAAUGAGGAGAAACACCCGGAGCUGGCUGCGGUGUGUCGGGACACCAGGACUCUCAUCCUGUACCCGGGUCCUAAUUCCCAGAACCUGGAGGAGCUGGUGCAGAACCAGGAGACGGGCGGCGUCAGACGUAACGUGAUCAUCAUCGACGGCACCUGGAGCCAGGCCAAGAACAUGUUCCUGAAGAACAGCCUGUUCCACCUGCCCAAACAGGUGCAGCUGAACAGGACUCUCUCCAGUCAGUACGUGAUCCGCACACAACCCUCCAACAUCUGUCUGUCUACGCUGGAAUGUGCUGCCGUCGCCCUGUCGGUCCUGGAGCAGAACGACGACAUCCAAGAGGUUCUGCUGAGGCCUCUGAAAGCCCUGUGCUCCUUCCAGCUGGAGCACGGCGCCCAGAUUCACCACAGCAAAGAGCAUCUACUGAAGAACGGCAUGUACGACAAACCCAUGCCCAAGAACAAGCGCAAGAUAAAGAGGAUGGAGAAGCUGCUCACCGACAGCGUCUGUCCCAGAUGAGGAAGGAAGAGACUCCCGACGCUGCGUCGUCCGGGAAACCGCUGGACUCUAAGGGAUUUAUUUAAAUGUGAUUUCCGUUUUUUAUUAUUAUUAUUAUUAUUGUUAUUAUUAUUAUUGUUUGUCAUUAAUUUAAAAUAAAUUGGUGACAUGUUUGAGUUGUACUUGAAGCACCAUGUGAAUCAGGUUUGAUACUUGGAUUAUUUAAAAACAGUUUACAUGAUUCCACCUUUUCUAAAAAAAAAACUCUUGGGUGAUUCUGUUAUGAGUGACUUUGUGUUUCUACCGCUGAUCACAUCUGGAAGGGCUGAGAGAAUGAGGAGUGAAAACGACGCACAAAACUACCAAAGACACACAACACGGCCGCGAAAAAUGGUGACACUUGUAUUAUACUUGUAUGUGAAGUUCUGAUGUUUUUGUAAAUGUUUGUCAUAAUUCUAUCUGCGGGCAUAUGUGGAGCUUUUAUUCACCAUCACGUAAAGCGUUUGAAGGGUUUUUUAUGCCAUAAAUAAAACUCAGUAAAAAUA